CUUCACUCCAUUUUUUUUGUUAAAUUCACUUUUCAUCAUGAGCUUCUUGAAGCAAGUUGAAGACGUCCUCGAAGCACCUGGCUUUGUCCCGCGCGCUGGUGAGGCAGCCGAGCCCGGCAGCGUGUUUGACGCAACAAAGUACGUCAACCAGCAAGACCUCGAGCACAUGUGGGCAACCAAGGCCUUCCAGCACGCUGAGGUUUACUACAAACUCAUUUCGAGCUUCCCUGACCCCAGCAAGCUCAAACUGACUCCUCUCGACAACGAGAUUUACUCCCACUUCCGCGACCUGUUCCCCGAUUUCCCCGUUGGCCUUGUUCGCGAGUCCCUGCUGAAGACCGAAGAGAGCAAGGAAAAGUGGCGACCAUUCUGCAACGCCUAUGACAAGCGAAUUGACGACCACAACUUUGGCACGCUGCUCCGUCUCGACGCAACCAAGGAUUACACUGAGGACAAUACUAUUUUCGCCAACCGCAUCCAAUUCUACGCUAUCGAGCUCGCACGAAACCGCGAAGGCCACAAUCGCAACCUGCCCAAGCCAUAACUGCGCAGUGUGUUUUGCGCGCUCUUUUUGCCUUGUUUGUUGGUCGUUCUGAUUGAUCAUCACACAUUUGAACAAGCGGGAAAAUGGAUGUUGCGUUAAAGCCAUUACUAACAAUACAAAAAAUAAAUCUACCACACACACACACAUACA